AUGGAAAAUGUUUUCUAUGCCCUUAACGUCGGCGACAUCGAGCAAGUGUGCAUCGUAAUUACCGCCGAAUCAGCUACAGAAGAAGUUUUUUUUAAGGCUCACCCAAAGAGCUCCGAGCCCAAAUCAGCGCGCGAAGAACGUUUUGCAACACAGUCCUGGAAAGCCUGUAGUGCUUCGGGCAACCCUGCCUACGCUAUCGCCUGCGAGAAUGCCGAUAUCUUUCCGGAGACAAUUCCUGCUGAGCUUCCAGCUGAUCUUGGAGUGCGGCACGAGAUUGACCUGGUGCCUGAGCGAAUUAUUGUAUAA